ACUCUUUAGAAGCGUAAGCUGUAUACACGGUAUCAUCAUGUCUAUGAGCUGACGGUUUUUCAAACAGAAUCAGGGGAAUGAUCACAGCUGGGUCGACAAAGUCAUAAAUGAUGAGCGAGUGUGUCUCUUCCAUUCGCAGCUCGGGAUGGCCAUGUCUCAUUAUCAAGAUCCGUCAUCCCGAGCUGCGAAUGAAACGGGUGCACUCGCUCAUAGGAAAGAUGAAGGGCAGAGCUCAGAUUCCCUGAAGUUGUUUAGACCAAGGCAGGAGUUGUUCCAGGAGAGUCCAUUGGAGCGUUUCUUGGCCCCUGACGGUUGUAGUGACCCCUCAUAUUUUGCCAGACCUGCUCUAGCGGAGAUGGGUAUACCGUUUGGGAGCUCCGAGACAAUUGAAGUGCGGAAGAGAGCUGCAAAAGAAAACGCUGAGAGAGUAGCCAAAAUGGCAAAGCAUACCAGCGAGAAGUGAGGCCGCUCUUUGGAAGGAUUGAAAAGCAUAGUGAUAUUUUGCUGGCCAUUCUGCAACUUAUUAUGCCAGGACUGGUCUGAUUU